AUGCAUGCCGAGUCGGCGCGUGCCGAAGCUACUGAAGCUGGUCCGUCCCCCAGCCGAGUUCCGCCUACCGAGGGUACCUCCUCCAAAGCUGCAGGCAAGAGGUCGUUCACGGUGGACCUUGAUGCCGACCCGCUCCAAAACGCGGGCGACAAACUGAGCCUGCUCGGGCCAUCUUCUCUGCCGAGGACGACGAGGCGCCUUCCAAAGCUGUUACUUUGGCCUGUCCUUCGAAGACGGUACAGUUUGUGA